AUGACAGGGGGUGAUGGUAGGAGUCAAGGAGGGGGGUCUAAGAAGAAGGGGGAUGAGGAAUUUAGGAGUAGGAGCGGGAGUGAAAUGGACUCCGAUAGGUGUGCUGGUCGGAGGGGUUUGACCCUUUCCUAUGGGGCUGCGGCUGGGACAUCAACGAGCCGAGUCACAGUCCGUGGAGGAAUCUCCCUGGGAGAAAUUCUAGGCGAGGAUUGGGCGAUGCCCUCUGCGUCGGUUUCGGUGUCGGAGUCGGAACACCUGACUCGUAAACGCCUUUACUCGGAGCGUUCCGCCUCCGAUUCCGAAGGGACUGAUGCUGCCUUGGGCAGGGCUAAGAAGGUCACUGCUGCCAGGCGUGGUAGAGGCCGCGGGACGGCCAAAUUGUUGACGGCGGCCCGACAGGCACUUUCAGAGAAGGAGGCGCAAAAGGCGGAGGAUUUUGUGGCCUCGUUGGACAAGCAAUCCUUCCGGAAGUCUCCGGUGAAGGAGAUUGCAUGUGAGAGGCCGGGUCCUUUGGACCUAGAUGUGGACCAAAUGGCGGCUGAUGACUUGAUGUCCACGGCUGUUGGGGGGCUUGAUGACAUCCUCUAUAUAGCUAGCAGAUCCACCAAUCUCAAAGGUGGAUAUGCUAGCAAGAUCCGUAGAGCCACUGGUGUCAUCAGGUCUGUUUUGGAGACUUUGGCGACGAGGACAGAGGUAGAGGAGACGCGUCGUCUUCGUGCCGACAAUAAUCGGCUGCAGAGGGAGGUGGCCAACCUUAAGGAGGAGGUCCGCGCAUACCGGCGCGACUUCGAAGAGGCGAAGAAGGCGGCAGUAGCUCAGCGUAACCCUACGCUGAGUGAUGAGCAGCUGAGUUCUCUCGAGGGCAGCAUAGCUCGUAUGGUCGGCAACAUGAUUGACGGCCGGCUUGCGGCCAUCAAAGAUAGGUUGCCGCCUCCCCCAAUUGUUCGCCCGCCAUUGGCUGCGGACAAAAAGAGAGCGACACAAGAAGCCAGCGGGGUCUCUACGGCUUCGAUUUCUAGGCGAGAGGCGAGAGAGAAGUCGCCAAUUAUUGGGGUGCCAAGAGCCUCCAAUCAAUCGGUUCCUGUGGUGGCUUCUCCACGUGAGCGGGAGGAGUUUCCUCCACUUCCGGUCCGUCCUGAGACGCGCCCUGCCCCCACCAACGCCCCUACUAAGAAGGGCAAAGGCAAGGGCAAGGGUAAGAGGACUAAGGAGACAGAAUGGACCAAUUUUGGCCCUUCUGUUCCUAAUGGAGCUUCACAGGGCGAACAAAGUCUUUCGGAGGCUGCGCAGCAGCCUCCUUCGCAGCAUGGGUCGGUAGUGGUUGCACCGCAACAGCAGUCGGAGACGGCUGAAGGGUGGUCCGAGGUCGUCCGUCGCAAGGGGGCGAAGAAGAAGCCCAAAGCAAAGGCCAAGGAGGCACCGAAAAGUGCCCCCAAGGGCAAGAAGUUGACACUCCCGAAAUCCGAGGCGAUAAUUGUUAAAUUGCGUCCGGAGGCUCAACAAUCGGGAGUGUCCUAUUGUGAGGCCCUCACAAAGGCCAGGCUGGCGGUGGACCCGCAGGAGUUUGGCUUGGGGCCGCUGAGGGUUCGGACUUCAGCGACGGGGGCUCGUCUAAUCGAGGUCCCUGGUAGGACGAGCCGUGACAAGGCGGAUCAGCUGGCGAAUAAGCUGGCCUCUGUGUUGUCAGAUGUGGCAGUGGUUUCUAGACCCAUCCUGACUGCGUGCUUUAAAUUGACGGGUCUGGACGAUACUGCCAACGCAGCUAAUAUUAAAGCGGCGGUGGCGAAAGAGGGUGGCUGUGACUCCGAGCGGGUCUGGGUUGGAGAUAUUUUCCGCAGUCCUCGCGGAAUAGGAUUUGCGAGAAUGUCCUGCCCGAUUACUGCGGGUAAGGAACUGCUGCGCAAGGGCGGUUUCUGUGUCGGCUGGAGCCGUGUCAGGGUCGAGCAUGAGGGCAUGCGACCCAGGCACUGCUUCAGAUGCUAUGAGAUGGGGCACUCCUCCAUCAUGUGCCCCUCAAAGACUGACCGCAGCCAGCUUUGUCGCCGCUGCAGUAAGCCCGGACACAAGGUCAGCACCUGCACAUCGGAGCCUCAUUGCGCUGCAUGUGCAGAUGCUGGCCGUAAGUCAGACCACGUGAUGGCGGGGAAGGCGUGUAACCCCCCAUCCACUCGUGGUAAAGCUCUCCCCCCAAGACCGUCGGGAAGAGAGCAGGAGGCGCCUGAGGCCGAGAUGUCAGAGUAA